UCCGGGCACUUACUUGGGCUGGAAGUUGGCGGCGCGAUGGGGAACGAGCGUUGGAAAACCGUGGGAGGAGCCUCGCAACUUGAGGAUGGGCAGCAGGAGAAAUCACAGAGGAUGAGCUGUGGGUACAUCCUGUGCACCGUCCUGCUCUCGGUGGCCGUCCUCCUGGCAGUGACGGUCACGGGGGCCAUCCUCUUCAUGAACCACUACCACACGCCCGUCACCGAGUCGCCCCCAGUCAUCAGCACCAACCCCGAGGAGGCCAAUGCCCUGGUGACCAUCGAGAAAGCCGACAGCUCCCGCAUCAACAUCUUCAUCGACCCCAACUGCCCCAGCGCUGCCGGCACCCUGGGGCGCAUGGAGGGGCUGCAGACCUCCCUGCUGCGCGCCAUCACCGACCACGACGCCGAGGCCAAGGCCACCAAGAGCCAGCAGAAGGCCCUGCUGGUCACAGUGGCGGACGAGGUGGCCAAGCUGCUGACCCACGCUGUGCAGCUGCGUGCCGACUGCGACGGCCUCAAGAAGGGGCACAGCGCCAUGGGGCAGGAGCUCAGCGCCCUGCAGGGAGAGCAGGGCAGGCUCAUCCAGCUGCUCUCGGAGAGCCAGACCAACAUGGCUCGGCUGGUGAGCUCUGUCAGUGAUGUCCUGGACACGCUGCAGAAGGAGCGCGGUGGGGCCCGGCCCCGGCUCAAGGCUGACCUGCAGCGCGCACCGGCCAGGGGAGCGCGGCCCCGGGGCUGCUCCAACGGCUCCCGGCCCCGAGACUGCUUUGACAUCUAUGCAAGUGGACAGCAAGAGGAUGGGAUUUACUCCAUCUUCCCCACACACUACCCUGAUGGCUUCCAGGUCUACUGUGACAUGACGACGGACGGGGGCGGCUGGACGGUGUUUCAGCGGCGGGAGGACGGCUCCGUGAACUUUUUCCGUGGCUGGGAAGCCUACCGGGACGGCUUUGGGAAGCUGACAGGAGAGCACUGGCUAGGGCUGAAGAGGAUCCACCUGCUGACGGUGCAGGGCAGCUACGAGCUCCGCAUUGACCUGGAGGACUUUGACAACGGCACCGCCUUUGCCCACUACGGCAGCUUCGGGGUGGGGCUCUUCUCUGUCGACCCCGAGGAGGAUGGGUACCCCAUCACCAUCGCUGACUACUCAGGGACAGCAGGUGACUCCUUCCUGAAGCACAACGGGAUGAAAUUCACCACCAAGGACCUGGACAACGACCACUCGGAGAACAACUGCGCCGCUUUCUACCACGGUGCCUGGUGGUACCGCAACUGCCACACCUCCAACCUCAACGGGCAGUACCUCAAGGGCCACCACAGCUCCUACGCCGAUGGCAUCGAGUGGUCCUCCUGGACCGGCUGGCAGUAUUCCCUCAAGUUCACCGAGAUGAAGAUCCGGCCCGUCCGGGAGGAGAAUUAG